AGUGUUCUCUCUCUCCCUGGAGUUUCAGGCGAGAGGCAAAUAUGUCUGGUCGUGGAAAGCAGGGCGGCAAAGUGCGGGCCAAGGCCAAGUCGCGGUCGUCCCGCGCAGGCCUGCAGUUCCCGGUGGGCCGAGUGCACAGGCUGCUGCGCAAAGGAAACUACGCGGAGCGAGUGGGCGCCGGGGCGCCCGUGUACCUGGCGGCGGUGCUCGAGUACCUGACGGCCGAGAUCCUGGAGUUGGCCGGCAACGCGGCCCGAGACAACAAGAAGACCAGAAUCAUCCCUCGCCACCUUCAACUCGCCAUCCGCAACGACGAGGAACUCAACAAGCUGCUGGGAAAAGUGACCAUCGCGCAGGGCGGUGUCCUGCCCAACAUCCAGGCCGUGCUACUGCCCAAGAAGACAGAGAGCCAGAAGGCAAAGAGCAAGUGACUCUGACUCCGCUGCCUCCACCGGAGAACUGUCUCCCCCAGCAGUUGGUCCUGAUGUCACCGAGAGCCGGAGCGAUCUGUUUGGGGAGGUGGACAGUGAGGGGUCCCCGGGGCUGGGAGUCAAUAAAGUUGGUAAAAAUCGUG